GAGAAGGAAUAGCGGGGUCAUGGCUUUGAAAAAUAAAUAAAUAAUAUACCCCGCAUCACGUGUCAAUUACGCAUGUCAUCUCUCUCUGACUUCGAAUUUCCAACAUCUUUCAUUCAUUCAUCAACACUGCGUUCAAUAUCGCCAUCCAAAAAGGCAAAAAAAAAAACAACAACAACAAAAAACAGAAAGCUCAGAUUUAUCCCAAACACUUUGAACAUCCCUACCGUCCCAAAUCCAAUACAGAAACCCAGCUUCCUCUUGCAUCAGUCCUCAGAGUCCAAACCCCAAAAUCCAAAAUUCACAAUGACCUCUUCAACCUCAGAAAGUAGCGCAAUCGACUACACGAAUCUUCCUACACCCACACGAGCCGUUGCAGAUUUCUGUUUGAUUCCCAUCGGAACUCCGACCGCUUCGGUAUCGAAAGAAGUCGCUGCCGUGCAGCGAUUGAUGAAGGCUAGUGGGUUGAGCUAUAGUAUGCAUUCUGCUGGUACUACUGUUGAAGGUACCUGGGACGAAGUAAUGCGCCUGAUAGGUCAAGCGCACACGCUCGUCCAUCAAAACGGGGUGUUGCGUGUUCAGACUGACAUUAGAGCGGGUACGCGGACGGAUAAGGAACAACAUUUUUCGGAGAAGGUUACGAAGGUCGAGAGUUUGCUUGCUGGAGAGGAAGACGGUGGGAAGUAGAAAGGGGGUUGGAUGGAGAGGUUGACGAAUGAAUGAUGAGCGAAGGGAUUUAGACGUAGUCAAGUUAAGAAUACAAUACCUGAAGGGCGUUGAGGAUAUGAAGAAAAGUACAUGCGAAUGCCUAGCAAUGUAUCAAUAAUUGCAGUAUGUAUGUUUGGUUCGUGAAUGCUACAUGUUGGGGCAACAAGGAUUAAGUUAAGAAAUGUGAAGAACA